AUGGAGAAUCAAGAAGACGAUGUACGAGGCGACGCCUCUGUGGGUGCCAAAAUGGAAUUUUCAAAAGAGGCAAAUGUGGCUCUCUCUCCUCUGGAGGCAGCCAGAUCGGAUCUUGCCGAUGCCCUUGUCCAAUUUCCCAUUCCGAGGUAUCAUGGCAGAGAGCGCACUCUGCAGGAAGAAUACAAUCAAAAGGAACGAGAGCACGCUCAAUGGUUGCUUGCCGUUUUGAAAGAACACCCGCAGCUGGCCAAGGAACCUUUCCCGUAUCGGUCUUGGACACGGGCCGACCAUGGCAUGUAUCCCCUGUGGCAUGCCGUCUUUGUCCAAGCAGAUUUGGAGAUUGUCCGUGCCAUUUACGAACUGUUCCCAGCAGCACUCUUGGAUCAUGGUGCCUAUGCCGACUGUUUUCCCUUUCCGUUUCACGAAGCGGCCGGUGAAAAUCGAGUGGAAGAUGGACCCGUCUAA